AUGAUGAACAACAACAACAAUGCAUCUCGAUCGAAUCGAUCCAAUUCUUCAUCGUCGAGUGAUGGAAAACUAUCCUCUCAUACUUCCUUUCAUUCUUCUCAAUAUUCAUCAAGUUCGAAUGGAAAGAAGAUGAACAUGUCUCCAAGCCAUGGUCAAAACAGUAGUCUGCUGUUAUAUCCAGCACAACAAGAAACAUGUUGGGCACAUCAUGUCCAACCUUGUCAAUCAUCAUCAUCCUUAAAGGUGGAGUCUCCCAUGUCUAUAUCACCUAUACCAAUAAAUCAUGACUCGGUGGUGGAAAAUUUGAAAGAACUACUUCAAAUGUUAAGAUUUAAAGAACAACAUCCCAAUUCUCCACUCUCUCAAUAUAUAGACUCUUCACAAGUGAUUCAUCAAAUCAAAUAUGUAUUGUCCAUGAUUCAAAUUUCAUCUGAGAACAACAGUAACUUACAACACUCCUUUCAAAAUACGUUUUUUGAAGCCAUUCCAACAACGGCGACAACCAUGAACCGAACUCCAAAUGUCCAUGCAGUGGAACAAUCGCAACAAUUUCAACCUGUUCGAUGUUCAUGGGGAAGCAAUCAUUCAGACAGUAGUAGUUUCAGUUCACAAGGUCAACAACCGUUCCACCCUCCACCGUGUCAACAACAAGUAUCUUCGACAUCAUCACAAGGAUGUUUUCCUUUAAAAUUGGAGUUAACUGAGAGAGAUUUAUUUGAAUUGUUUUUUAGUCAACACUCUUCCACCAUGUAA